GUGGUAAUAAAUAUGAGAUAACAGAAAAUUCAAGACCAUUUAAAGCAGGAGAAGUGUCUUUUAAACAAGAUAACUAGAAGAUGAAAGCAGUGAUCCUGGCAGCAGGGUAUGGAACAAGACUAGAGAGAGAUCUCAGAGAUGACCGCUCAGGGCAGUACAGUCAUCUGAUAGGGGUGCCCAAACCACUGCUGCCCAUCGGACACUGUCCACUGAUAUCACACUGGACGAAGGUGCUGACCACACUGCCCAGCUUGGAUGGUGUUUAUGUCGUGACCAAUGGUGCCAACCAUGAGAAGUUUGUGACGUGGGCCAAGGACUGGAGCUGUGUACAGCUGGUGUGUGAUGGAAGCAUGUCGAAUGAGGGCAGGACAGGAGCAGUGGGAUGUUUAGAACUGUGUGUCCGACAAUAUAAUGUCCAAGAUGAUCUACUAGUCAUAGCAGGUGACACCCUAUUUUUUGAUGACUUCGACUUGAGUCAGCUUGUCCAGAAAUUUGAGUCAUUUAAAACCAAAGACCCAGAUGCCAGUAUGCUGGUCUAUGUGACAUGCACAGAUGAAGAAGUUCACAAGUACGGGAUUCUUGAACUGAAUGAAGAGAAAAAGGUGGUUGGAUUCCUUGAAAAACCUCAACCCGAGGAGACUUCAUCUAGGAAAGAGUGCCCAUGUUUUUAUUUCUUGUCAUCCAAGUGUCUUCCACUGCUGUCUCAGUUCUUAGAGGAGAAGAAGGUGAGUAUGUGUGAUUUCUUUAGACUCGUUUCAAAUUUGCCAUUGAAGGCCAGAGAUGCAACUGGAAACUUUAUUGCUUAUUUAUACCAAAGAGCUCCAGUAUAUGCCACGGAGAUUUCUGGGCGUUUUGAUGUCGGUGGACUCCAAUCCUACGUCAUCUGUCAUGAGCAUUUCAAGAAAAAAGCUGAGACUGAAUUUUUAGGAUGA